ACAAUACGUCAAAAAAAAAUUGCAAAGAACAUAUAAAACACACAAAUUUCCAUUAAAAUUUAUAGAAAACCAUAAUAAAUUCCGAAAUUUAGACAAAAAUCCACGAAAAACUUAUUAAACAAUUAACUAAUAAAUUAAAAAAGAUCAUUAGAAAAUAAACGCAAAAUUUUAACAAAAGAAAAAUAAACGAAAAAGCAAACAAGAAGCAGCUUGCUGACUUUUGUAAAUAAAAAUUCCAAAAAAAACUAGAACUAGAAAAAUGUCGGUGACUGAUUUCAUUAAGGGUUUACCCUGUCACAAUGCUGACAACUUCUCACAAUUCAAUACGGAACAAGCCAUGAGGACAUCACAAAAACGACCCUCCGUCUAUCUACCCACUGAAGACUAUCCCUCGGAACAGCAUAUAGUAUUGGAUAAACGUUCGGUGCUGCUGCGCUAUUUGACACAACAAUGGGAUAAAAAGAUUCUGCCCAAAAAACGUGAUCACGGAAAUGAGGGUAAUAGUGCGGCCAAUGGUGCGGGCAACAGCUGUAAAAAGCGUCCACGUUUGGAGGCCGAAUAGGUGGUGCAGUUAACAAAUUAUUAGUGUUUUUUUCUUAUUAUUAUUUUUCUUUUCAAAGAGCUUAAAGUCUAACCUCUAUGUCAAUAGCUCCGGUUCCUCCUCCGACCACUUCCCUCUAACUAAUAAACGACUCAACUCAAUUUUGUAGCCUACAUCUACCAUGUUGUGUUGAAUUUUUCUAUGUGUUUUUCUUUUUGAACAUAAAA